UGAGAAGAAGAAGAAGAAGAAGAAGAAGAACUCAAUACCUUUUAAUGUUGGACGUUUACUAACGACAUGAACGUUAGUAAGAAUUCCAAGCGCUGUGGUUCAGUGCAGUCUACAAUUUACCGCAUCGCCAUGGACACCCGAACUGCAUUAUUCGGUGUCCUAUAGCACAGGGAUUUUGCCUGAUGACAUCCAAAUCAAAGGGCCAGUUGGCCACCCUGCCAUGGACAGAGAUGUUUGCAUAUUGGGUGCUGUCCUUUGGCUCACACCUGUACUCUUUCUACCAACUGCACAUAUUCUCCAAAGAGCAUGAAGCAGGAUUAGAGAGAGAAUUCCAGUUGGAAAAAGGCCUCAUAAAGGGUUUUAAAAGGGAUCCAUCAGACUUUGAGUGGACUUUCUGGACAGAAUGGGCCAAGAAGUCUUUGCUGUGGACUCUUCUUGGUCAUGGUGUGAUUUCAAAAUUGACCAGUAUCUUUUACCCAAAGUUGAGGGUGCCAGCACUGACGACGUACGGCCUCCUGGCUGCCAGCAGUGUGCUGGGGGUCAAAGGUGUGAGCGUGCUGCUGGUACACCUGGGCUUGUCCUUCUCAGUGGCCCUACUGCGAAAGCCAGCGCUGUCAUGGGCCACCAACCUGCUGCUGCUCUCCACACUUCACAUCCGACCACUUCAAGAGAUCCAGAGGGGCUGGUAUCAGACGGAGGAGGAGUACUACCUGCUGCUCUUCAGCGUGGCCGUCUGUGGUCUACGCUUCAUCAGCUUCAGCCUGGAGCGUUGCUGGAGCUCCGGAGAGCGGCGUGGAGCCGUGGAGCUCUGCUGGUUGUUGUCAUACACCUUCUACCACCCUUUCUUCUUCAACGGACCCAUUGUUACGUACAGAGAUUACGUCGAGCAGAUGCAGAGGUCUUCCGAGGAGUGUGAUGGAGACAAAUCUGUUUUUAGUUACUUAGUGCUCAGAUUAGGACGGAUUAUUUUGUGGUGGUGCACCGCAGAAUACCUGAUCCAUGUAAUGUACAUGCACUGCAUCCAGUCUAAUGAGACCUACUUAGAAAUCCUCCCCCCCUGGGCCUUGGGAGGUCUGGCCCUGGCGCUGGUGCAGUUCUUCUUUCUGAAGUACCUGGUGCUGUUCGGCCUUCCGUCCACGCUGGCUACUUUGGACAAGCUCGUUCCCCCGAAGCUUCCCCGUUGUGUCAGCAUCAUGUACAGUUUCACCGGCAUGUGGAGGCACUUUGACGAGGGCCUGUAUCGAUGGCUCAUCAGAUACAUCUACGUGCCGUUGGGGGGUUCCCGGCAUGGUCGCCUCUACAAGAUGUUGUCCACUGGCCUGGCGUUCGGCUUCGUCUGCCUCUGGCACGGCGGCCACGACUACUUGCAGUACUGGGCCCUGAUGAACUGGGCUGGAGUUCUGGUGGAAAACGGACUCAAGUCUCUAUUCGCCUCGUCGGCCGUUCGCUCCAUUGUUGAGCAGAAUGUCUCGGCUGCGACGGAGAGGCGCUGCGUUGGCCUUCUCUGUGCCUUCUCCACCGCCAUGCUCAUCCUCUCCAAUCUGGUCUUCCUUGGGGGAACACACGUUGGCAAAGUCUUCUGGAAGCGUGUCUUCGUUCGAGGCUGGUGCACCGUCGCUCCGCCCGUGCUGGCCUUCCUCUACUGCUUCGCUCAGGUCGGACUGGAGUGGACCGCUCACCCUUGACUUUCCGGCCCGCCGCCAGCCGCCCAGAAACAACCUUCCACAGAAGCCGCCCAAAACCUCGGCCCGAGGUGCAUGCUGAGCGGGCCCCCCUUUUCCCGCCACCUGGGGAAAAGGGGGGCCCGUGAGCUGCUACUCGGGAGGAUCAGUGGCGAUUCCUUUUGGAAGGAGAGAGCUCCACAAACUGUAACACACAACGAAACCCAGUCACCUGAUCAUUCACAGAAUCACGUUAAUGUUAUUCGAAGAAAUAGUCAAAACAAUACGGCCUCUGUUGUAUAUGGCUCCCAUUACAGUAUUGCUCAGUGGUGCGGUAAGCCGGAGAAAUGCUAAUUUCACAUUUUCUUCAGCUCGCCACAGAAGAGUUUGUGUUUUCAGAGGCAGACAGAAGGAACCGGAUCGGUGUCUUUACUUAACGGAUGCACCUUGGGCGAAGUAGAAGAAACACACUCACUUUUCCUUCAGCACAUUAAUAAUAAUUAUUGAUGACAUUUAUCAACUAGAAUGUAAAAAAAAAAAAAAUACAUGAGUUGUUUUGUGCUAUUUUGUUCAAAUAUAAUGCCUCAUUUCUCCAAAAUGUCAACUGGACAUAUUUGGUUUAAUUUCCUGUUUCCUGGUUAUAAAUAUGCAUCCAUGUUAUAAUGGAUAACUUCAUUGUC